UGACUGGAUUUCCGCUGUGGGAGCGAGUCGCGCGGUGGUGACGCCGCUGUGAGCAGCUGAUAUGGCGGCGUUGCUAAGAGGUCUGCGGGCUGGAAGGGCACUCCGUGGCCUGAGCAGCGUGGUGGCUGCACCAACAGCAACAAACCCUCAGUGCGGCAGUCUGAGACGAGGCUUCCACUGUGCAGGGCUGAGGCUUCAGGAUGAGUCCAAAUCUGACAAGCCUCCCUCCUCAACCUCCUCAUCCACCACCUACCAUGAGCACUACCAGGCACGCUCUGCUGAACAGGACACAGCGGCUUCUGCUUCCGAUCCGGCAGCCGACCAGUCUACCAAUCCAAACACCAGUUACCAGGAUCAGAGCGGGGAGCAAGAUGAGGAGUAUGAAACAGAGGAGCAGCUUCAGGCUCGAAUCCUGACUGCCGCUCUGGAGUUUGUUCUUCUGCACGGCUGGUCGAUGGAAGCUAUCGCAGCUGGUGCUGAGAGUCUGGGUUUGUCUUCUGCUUCCACCGGUAUGUUCGAGAAAGGAUCCGGAGACCUGGUCCUACAUUUCAUCGCUCAGUGCAAUGCGCAGCUGACGGAGAUCCUGGCUGAACAGCACAAUCAGGUCCAGCUGGGCCAGGCUGAACCAAAGAAGACUGCAGAUUUUAUAAGAGACGCUGUAGAGACCAGACUGCGCAUGUACAUCCCCUACAUCGAAACAUGGCCACAGGCGAUGAGCCUACUGAUGCUUCCCCACAACAUCCCCGACAGCCUGAAGCACCUCUCCACGCUGAUGGACGACAUCUGGUACUACGCCGGAGACCGAUCCACAGACAUGAAUUGGUAUACAAAGCGUGCGGCGCUGACGGGCAUCUACAACACCACAGAGCUGGUGAUGAUUCAGGAUUCCUCUCCAGACUACCAGGACACCUGGGCCUUCCUCGAUAACCGCAUCCAAGAUGUAGUCAACAUGGCCACCACAGCCAAACAGGUGCAGUCAACAGGUGAAGCAGUGGUGCAGGGACUCAUGGGAGCUGCUGUUACACUGAAGAACCUCACAGGAUUGAACCAGAGAAGAUGAAGCACCGAUCCCGACCGUCCACAUGAUGAGCAGAACUCUGAAAUAUUGGAUUAUGGCUGUUAAUAAACAAUAGAAGGAGCAAAUUUGUUUCUGAUCACCUGCAGAAACUCUCACCCGCUGAUCCUUUCACUCUCCUGCUCAGAUCAUUUUUUCCUUUGUACAGAAGGACACAGAUCUGUAAUUUAGUUGUUGAAUCAAGUGAAAGUUCAAUAAAAUAGUAAUUGUAUAUUUAA